AUGGCCAGGCAGCAAACCACCCCAGUCUGUGGAGGUGCCUUAGAUGGUAACAGCACGGUACUGUCCAGAAAACUGUCCACAGAGGCCUCUGUGGUGCCACCACCGCCCCCGCCCAGAAAACGCCGAGUGGCUCUGAAACAGAAGACCUUAAACUGCAGUAGAAUUCCACAAGGUCUUGUUCUGGGAAUCUACUCAAGUGAAAAGGAUGAAGGUGCUGCCCAGUUCACGGGUGCAGGAGAUGCUUUCGAUAGACUUGUGUCUGGGAAGCUGAGAGAACUUCUGUCCGUGUGGUGUGCUCUGAGUAAGUGCUUACUGAGUGAGCUGAAGCACAACGGUUUUGGAUCAGACUUCUACUGUGCCUCCUGUGUUCAGGAGGAGCGAGUGCACGAGUGUGUACUGGACUUCCCGAGUGUGGUUGUAGUUGGCUUGGGUAAGAAGAAUGCUGGAGUAAAUGACCAAGAAAACUGGAAUGAAGGCAAAGAAAAUAUUCGUGCAGCUGUUGCAGUUGGAUGUAGACAGAUCCAAGACCUGGAGAUCCCUUCUGUUGAAGUAGACCCCUGUGGAGAUGCUCAAGCAGCUGCAGAAGGCGCUGUCCUUGGAUUGCAUGAAUAUAAUGAGCUGAAGCAAAAAAAGAAACCUGUAGUUACUCCUCAGCUUCAUGGAAGUGCUGAAAGUGAAGCCUGGCAAAAAGGUGUUGUCUACGCUGAGGGUCAGAACCUCGCUCGGUACCUUAUGGAGGCUCCAGCUAAUUAUAUAACUCCAAUCAAAUUUGCCGAACAUAUUGAACAGAGGCUCAGAAGUUUCAGCAAUGUGAAGGUCCACAUAAGACCGGAGUCUUGGAUAGCAACACAACAGAUGGGAGCAUUCCUGAGUGUAGCUAAGGGUUCGGCUGAACCUCCCAUCUUUCUGGAGAUUCACUAUUUAGGUGGUACUAAUACAAAUGACUCCCCGUUGGUAUUUGUAGGAAAAGGAGUUACAUUUGACAGUGGUGGCAUUUCACUGAAGCCAUCAUCAGGUAUGGAUGCGAUGAGAGCAGAUAUGGGAGGGGCAGCAACUGUCUGUUCAGCCAUUGUGACAGCAGCAACUUUAAAUCUGCCUCUUAACAUAAUUGGUUUGACACCCCUCUGUGAAAAUAUGCCCAGUGGUAAGGCAAACAAGCCUGGGGAUGUAGUUAGAGCGAAGAAUGGAAAAACAAUACAGGUGGAUAACACAGAUGCAGAAGGAAGACUGCUGUUAGCUGAUGCUCUCUGUUAUGCCCACAAUUUUAAUGCAAGGGCUAUUGUGAAUGCUGCAACAUUAACAGGUGCCAUGGAUGUUGCAUUGGGGUCUGCUGCGACUGGAGUGUUCACAAACUCAUCUUGGCUUUGGACUCACCUUUAUGAGGCCAGCAUUUUGACAGGAGACAGAGUUUGGAGAAUGCCUCUUUUUGAACAUUACACAAAACAAGUAACAGACUGUCCUCUUGCAGAUGUCAGUAACAUUGGAAAGUACAGCAGAGCUGGAGGAGCGUGCACAGCUGCUGCAUUCCUGAAGGAAUUUGUGACUGCCUCUCACUGGGCUCAUUUAGAUAUAGCUGGUGUGAUGUCGAAUAAAGAUGAGGUGCCCUAUCUUCGAAAAGCGUCCUUCGAGGCCUGCUUCGCCUCGCUGGUGAGCCAGGACUACGUGAACGGCACCGACCAGGAGGAGAUCCGCACCGGUGUUGAUCAGUGCAUCCAGAAGUUUCUGGAUGUUGCAAGACAAACGGAAUGCUUUUUUCUACAGAAAAGACUGCAGCUAUCAGUCCAGAAACCAGAGCAAGUAAUUAAAGAGGAUGUUUCAGAAUUAAGAAAUGAAUUGCAGAGAAAAGAAGCAUUAAUUCAGAAACAUUUGGGUAAACUGCGACACUGGCAACAGGUCCUGGAAGAUAUCAGUGUACAGCACAAAAAGCCUGCAGAAAUGCCUCAAGGUCCAUUAGCUUACCUGGAACAAGCAUCUGCUAAUAUUCCUGCUCCCAUGAAGCAAACGUGAUCUUUGAUUUUACAUAUCUGAAUAUUUUCAACAAUGCAAAGCAGUGGUGUUAGUUUUACUUUGUAUGCUUUUUGUAUAAUGUAAUUUGUACUGCAAAUAUAAAUAGUUAAGACAAUUAAGCAAAAUAAGUUAUCUUCUUUUUUUUUUUUAA